GGGAGGCCUGACAGGUCCGCCCCUGGUGUGCGACAAGGGCCCUUCUCUUCCAGGUCCCGCCGCCCAGCGCUGUCCGUCCUCCCUGACUUCGGAGGCUCGUUUUAAGGCGAUGUGAAAAUCCACUGUGAGACGAUGGAGAAGUAUGAAAAAAUCGGGAAAAUUGGAGAAGGAUCUUAUGGAGUUGUCUUCAAAUGCAGAAACAGGGACACGGGGCAGAUCGUGGCCAUCAAGAAGUUUCUGGAACCUGAGGACGACCCGGUCAUCAGGAAAAUCGCCCUUCGGGAGAUCCGCAUGCUCAAGGCUAUUGACAAAGAGCCCAGAAAGACAGCAACUCAAGCACCCCAACCUGGUCAACCUGCUGGAGGUCUUCAGGAGAAAGCGGAGGCUGCACCUGGUGUUUGAGUAUUGUGACCACACGGUGCUGCAUGAGCUGGACAGAUACCGGAGAGGGGUACCAGAACAUCUCGUGAAGAGUAUAACUUGGCAGACACUGCAAGCUGUAAAUUUUUGCCAUAAACACAAUUGCAUACAUAGAGAUGUGAAGCCAGAAAAUAUCCUCAUCACAAAACAUUCAGUGAUUAAACUUUGUGACUUUGGAUUUGCUCGGCUUUUGACUGGACCGAGCGACUACUACACAGACUAUGUGGCUACCAGGUGGUACCGCUCUCCGGAACUGCUGGUGGGGGACACACAGUACGGCCCCCCAGUAGAUGUCUGGGCAGUUGGCUGUGUCUUUGCCGAGCUGCUGUCAGGAGUGCCUCUUUGGCCAGGAAAAUCAGAUGUGGACCAGCUUUAUCUGAUCAGGAAAACCUUGGGGGAUCUUACUCCUAGACACCAGCAAGUAUUCAGCAUGAAUCAGUACUUCAGUGGUGUGAAAAUCCCAGACCCGGAAGACAUGGAACCACUGGAGUUAAAAUUUCCGAACAUCUCUUAUCCUGCCCUGGGACUCUUAAAGGGCUGCCUGCACAUGGACCCUGGUGAAAGGCUGACAUGCGAACAGCUGUUGCAGCACCCAUAUUUUGACAGCAUCGGAGAAGUAAGAGGGCUGAGAAAAGAACGUGACAAGCCAACAAGGAAGACACUAAGGCAAAGCCGAAAGCACCUUCCCGGGUUGCAGUAUCUACCUCAGCUAACUAGCAGCAGAAUGCUUCCAGCUUUGGAUAACAAAAAGUACUACUGUACUACCAUGAAGUUUAACUACCGUUUCCCAAACAUUUAAGGAGUUAGGAGAUUGAUGAAGAAGGAAGAAUUGAUCAAUAACUUUGAAGAAAAUAAAACUGACCCACUUGAUUGAAAAUAAUUACAGUGUUGAAAACAUAACUGGGAGGCCACUUGGCAAUAUAUGAAGGGAAAUUCCAGAUCCAGUCUUCCAUGAGCGGUGCAGAAUAGAAAGGAAAGAUCUGUUUGGAAUUUCAUUUGUAUUUUGGUUUAUCGAAGCAGCUGAGCUAUGGGUAGAAUAUAAACCGCAUCUACUGCCCAUACCUCUGGCAAAAUUAGAUAAUGUUAAAAAGAUUUAUGCUUCAAUUGUAUUUGAUGCCACAUGUGAAAAAUGGAUCACAUGAUACCCAGAUGUAUUUCCUUGGAACUGUGUGGCCUUGAGUCCUGUCUCUUGCCUCUUGGGUUAUUUCAGCCUUAUCUUGAAGGACAGUUUCAGUUCUUGAAAUCAAGAUGUUUAAAAUUCCAUUUUCUGCUUGCUCUGUCUCUUGAUUUUUUAAAAUUUUAAAACAUUUUUGGAAUAUCUAAAUUGACCAUAUCUAAAAUCAUACUGGUUAAUUCCAUGGAAAGACUGUAAUAUGCUUAAGAGUUGAUGAUUAUGCAUUUCUUAUAUACAUUUUUGUUUUAACCUUUAGUAAAUCAUGCAUCUCAUUUUUGCAUGGCAGGCAUAUUUACUGUAAUGUCUAUACUUGUUCACCCAACUCCUCUUACAAAUGAUGGCAUGAAGGUUGGCAGCCAACCAAGUGAUCAAGGGGUAGAACAAGACCUACAGGCUUCACGGGUAUUGAGUCUGCCAGCUUGGGAGUAAUCAGGACUUUGUUCUCUCUUGCUCAGCCUCUGACCCGCAGACAGAGCUAUAGGUGGAACUGCAUAUGUGACCUGGGUUUUAGAGGAACUGGCUGUAAACUUUUACUUGACUCAUGCAAGAUGUUAGGUUAGCUGACAUUUUUCCUGAAAUGUCUUUUUAUACUACAGUGUCUGUAUGUGUAUGUAGAUGUGUAGUUAUACACAUGUAGUUAUACAUGUGUGUUGUGUAAUACACUACCUUAACUGAUACAAUUAGUAAGAACAAAUGGUAAGUGUUGAGGGUUCCUAGUUUGUUCAGUGAGAUGUGAAAUAAUUUACUUUGCUUUGGUCUACUGCUCCUAAACAAAAACUUGUUUUAAAAACAAAACCCCUUUUUAUACUUGACCCUUGCACACAAGGCCAUAUGAAGCCCCAUCUCUUCCUUGCAGCUCAAGGCCAUUUCUGGUUGACAUGCUGGCCCUGUUUCCCAGCAGUUCUCAGCCAUGGUUUUCAACGUUGUGUUUUAUGGUAUCUUCAGCACAGUUUUUCUGCACUCUCACUAUCUUCCUGUGUUAAUUUUCUUCAUGACAGCACUUGACCCCAUUCACUUACUGCUAACUGAUCCACUAAACUGUCAUCUGUUCAGUAAUCUUGGUUCACCAGCCAUAGUCUGAGGCUUUCUAAUGGGUGCAGUAUAGACCUGUUGGUGGGUAAAAUAUUUGUCCCGGUAUUCAAUUCCUGCUAGAUGGCUUUGAUUCAGAUGACAUGGAAGGGUGUCCAACUUCCGUGACUAGUUAAAAACAUAGUCUUUUCUCGUUUCCCUUAGUCCAUGAAAAUGUAUUUGACGGAGGCAGAUGACUGUAACUGCCUGAUUCAUGCAAUAGUUUAAUAGAAAACAAUCCAGAAUAGGAAAGCAGCUCCAGACUAAGUUCUAAAGAAUCAGUUGUCUCAUCACACAGUAAUGAAAACAAUGUGAAAAAAGGCUCAUUUUUCUCUAAUGCUAUUAAAUUUAUGCUUGUGCUCAAUUUAACCACGUCACUUUUUCCUGCAGCACAGGAUCACCACUGUAUCACACAAAACUGUUCUACAUCCUUAUCCUUAUUUUUAUAUACUAUUUUUCUGAUUUUAAAUGACAAUGGUAAUUAUAUCAGUAAAUAGAAUAUAAUUUAUGCUAUGUAUUAUUUACAUAAGGUGGUUCAUUUUAUUCCCCUCAUAAAAUAUGGGUGAAUAGGCUUAGUUCUAACAUCACUAAAAUUCAUUUUUCUGCCUGAAAGCUGUAUCACAGAAAAUGUUUAUUUUAAACUCAUUUUCAGUAAAGUUUUUUUUCAAUAGUUUGUUAAAAACCAAAUGUACAGAAAUCCACAAAUAAAUCAGCAUAUAGCCAAUAAUAAAAUCAGA